CCUCCAUUGUCGGACGUGUCCAACAACACAGUCUCCAGCGAUAAUGCCCGUGACCUGGAUGAUUAUAACGGUUAUCUGCGAGACCUUCUAAGAAAGAUGUUAGAAGAGUACGAGAAAAGAAGAGAGUUGAACCACACCGAGAACGGUGAAGCUGGAUCUUCGGCUCUAAAAGUAGAGAGCGUGGAUUUCCUUCCACGAAAUAAUGCUCAAAAACACAACACCCAAAUGUACGAACUUGUAGAGGGUCCUAAGCCUGUUCUCAUACUUCGGCGUGGCUUGUCAUUUACUGCGACCCUACUGUUCAAUCGAGACUACGAUCCAAAGAAAGAUAAGCUUAAACUGGAAAUGUCGUGUGGUGAGUUAGAAUAACUAAAAUCUGUUAGACGUUUAAAAACUU